AUGAAUAAAUCUAAGAAGUGGAUAUUGCCUUCGGGAACAUGUGUUGAAGAUGUCCUUUUUAAUGAAGGAAUCUCUUUGUCAAUCGAAUCUCUUAUUCAUUCCUGGACAAUUGAUUUAAGUGAUUUGGAAACAAAAAAAUUAUUUACUGACGAAGAUUGGUGCGAAAUUGAAAAGACAGUAUACAAACAACCUUUAAUUGAUGAAAAUGUAGCAAAGACGUUAUCAAGAUUUAGAAAUGUUAGGAAAAUUGCUGAUCUAAGAACUGUAUUAGACACAACUUCUUAUAAGGAUAAAAAUGAACCAUUCGAACAAGAAAAGCACUUUGAUGCCGAAUGGAUUGAACAUUACGGUGCAAUAGAGGUGAAAGGCCUUUUUGAUCAAAUUAAUUCACCUGAACGGUGUAAAGAUGCUUUUAAACUCGGAAAGUCAAUACACGAUAUGUUUGCAUGUUUAGCUCAAUCAGUAAAAUUUAAUGAAGAAAAGGUCCGACAAUUACAAGUUGUUGGACUCCAACAUUCAGGUAUGUUGGUGAAAUUCGUUAGCAUAGUUAAUAGUAAAUUAACAAUAUAUAAAUUAUUUGUAGGACUUAAAUUACAAAUAAGCCAACUGUCAUAUCCUAAAGCUGGCAUAAAAGUUUGA